AUACAAGUGCACAAACGUUCGUUCAAUUGUAAAAUGGAAGUUGUUCAUUCUACUUUUUAUUUAUUUAAAAUCUUCUUAUCUAUCCCUAUUCUUCUCAUAUGUUUUCUCAUAUUUUUGGCUGUUGUAUUAUUUUCUUAAACGAUAUAUUUCAAACUGUUUUUAAACACAGAAAUAGGCUCAAAACCUCUAAGCAAGACCAUUGGAGUAAAGCCCCUUUCAUUUGAAGAGUUUCGUAAGAAGAAAGAGGAAGACAGAUCAUCAAAAUUUAAGCCAAAACCUGGUGGAAAAAAAGCAAAGUUGUCAAAAGAGGUGAAGGUGCAGGUUGGCAUUGUGAAAGACAAAAAUGGAGAUGGUGUAUUGGUAAGAGUGAAGUCAAGGACAAUAACAAUUGCAGUUGUUGAAGAUGUUGAUGGAAAUGCUCUUCUUGAAAAAGCAAUUGAUAAACAUUCAAGACAUCAUAAACAAUUUAACAAGUAUAACAAAUAUGUUCUUUUGUAUAAUGACAUGUCAAUUGUGAGGUAUUUACCCCAGACCAACAUACCAUUUGUGCUUUCAAAAUAUAAAGAAGAUUUGUUGCUGCCAUAGUCCAAAAUGUAUUUCUGGCUAUGUACAGAAGAUGAUUUUGAAAAUUCAAUUUCUGAUGAAAGUUCUGACAAGGAACUUGAAGAGAUUUCGAUGAAGUAUCAUGAGUCUCAACCUUCUACAUCAAAGUCAUUGGCCACAACAGGCUGUGGGGAUUUCAAUGAAGAUGCAAGUAAUAAAAUCCUCCAAUCCUCUUCUUUGUCUUCUCAAAGUUCAUUUACCUCAACGUCUCAAGUUUGUAGUAUGUCACAAGGACAAUUGUCUCAGCAUGGAAUAGAAAAAUAUCUAUUGCAACAUCAAUGCCCUACAUGUCUUGGAUACUAUUCACAUGCAGACAUAGAGGCUCAUGCAGACAUGUGUGCAGAAAGGUGGAUAGACCCAAUUGGCAAGUUAUCAGAUGACAAUCAAAAUAACCUGGAAAACACACUCAUUGCUGAAGAGGAAACUGGACAGCCAACUGUUGCCACUAUGCAAGAAGUGGUUCAUCUAAUUCAGGACAAUGUUAACAGAUUGUCUACCAACAGAGUUACUAUUCGUAGGCGAUUAGCUUUUGCAGAUUAUGUGGAUGCAUGGAAACGAAAAUGGUUUGCUGAAGGAGGAAAUCUUAAAAUUUGUUUUGCUGGUGAACCUUCUAUUGAUGGUGGUGGCCCAAGGAGGGAGUUUUUCACAGAUGUCCUACAACACAUUAAGCCAACUUUGUUUGAUGCAAAUGGUUAUCCACUGUUUAGUGCACGAGCACUAGCAAAUAAAGACUUCAUGGUUGCUGGUGAGUUAAUAUCAUCCUCUCUGGCACAGGGAGGACCAGCCCCAUGCUUCUUGCUAAAGAAUGUAUUUAAUUAUGUGGCUGAAGGGGUAAAUAGCAUACAGGCCAACAACUGGUUGGAGUUGGUUCAUAAUGCUAAUUUCAAAGAUGAAAUUGAUAAGUUAGUUAAAUGUGAGAGUGAUGAGGAGCUGAGGACAUUGCUUUGCUCAGAUGACAUGAUGAACAUUCUGCAAUCAAUCGGCUACAGGGGUGUUCCCUCCAAGGAGAAAUUGGCCUCACGAGACAACAUUAUUCGGUCGAUUAUAAUUGCAGGAAUUGGCCAUAUGCUGGCAAUGAUGGACAAAUUAAAAACUUGUCUUACACUUUUUGGGGUUCUGCAGCAUAUUCAACAUCACCAGGAGAUAAUGGCAUCAAUGCUUACACUGGAUGGUGUUGCUAAUUUUUGCUUGACUGCAGACAUUGUUCUUGAAAAUAUGACUGUGGAGUUUAGCCCGGAAGGAAGCAACAAAAAGCAAUUGGAAAUAAAUGUCCGCAAAUUUUUUUGUGACUAUAUUCAAGAAUUGGACACAAAAGACACUAGCACAUCAUUAAAAACGCUGUACAGAUUCAUCACUGGGAGCAGAAAAGCACAUCACUGUCAAAUUUAAGCAUGGCUGCCCUGCGAAUUGUAAAUGCCGUCCAUCUGCUGCUACAUGUGACCCAAGUAUCUGCUUUCCAAUUCACUUUGAUAAUACUAAUGAUUUUGACUUAGCGAUGGACAAUGCCUUACUGGAGUAUUCGGGAUUUGGUUUUAUAUGAACUUGAAAACAAAGUCCUUCAAUGUACAUAUGAUAUUGUUCUGUUGUCAAAAGAAUACUUUUUGCAAACUUCUUAAGUACUGCAUAUUAACUACACAUAACUCAUCAAAUUAUCAAAAUAUUUGUAGCAUCAUUAUAGUCUUCUGGAAACUCUAGUUGUUGAAUGUCCACUAAGUAAUUAAAAUAGUCUUGGAAUAUUUUCCCAUUUUCA